AUGGAGAAGGUGUUACUGCUCUUCCGGCUACUGUUUCUGAUCCUGCUUGUCCCGGCCAUCACUGGGAUUCGACUGGACAGCUCCAAUAAACAAAAUCUGGAUGCAUUAAGACGACUUGGUUUAGGGAAUAUCGUCAAUCUACCCUUGUAUAGCGAUGCACCCUUAUCGCACUAUGAUUUCAUAGUGGCUGGAGCUGGCUCCGCGGGCUGCACUCUGGCCUCCCGUCUCUCGGAGAACCCCAAGUGGAGUGUGCUGCUCAUUGAGGCCGGCGGUGUGGAGAACUGGAUCCACCAGGUGCCUGUGCUGGCAGCACAUCUCCAGAGCACCGCCUCCAAUUGGAAUUACCGUUCGACGCCGCAGCGUAACGCCUGCUGGGGAAUGCAAGAGAAGAAGUGUGCCUUGCCCAAGGGCAAGGUCCUUGGCGGCACCAGUUCCAUCAAUUAUAUGAUCUACAAUCGUGGCAAUCGGCGGGAAUACGAUGGCUGGGCAGCAGCUGGUAAUCCUGGAUGGAGCUACGACGAGGUCCUUCCCUACUUCCUGCGCGCCGAGAAUGCCCAGCUCAGGGGCUUGGAGCAUUCGCCGUAUCAUAACCACAGUGGACCACUGAGUGUGGAGGAUGUGCGGCAUAGAACACAAAUUGCCCAUUCCUAUAUCAGGGCUGCCCAGGAGGCGGGGCAUUCGCGGGUGGACUACAACGGUGAGACGCAGCUGGGCGUCAACUAUGUCCAGGCCACCACCCAGAAGGGCAGGCGGCAUAGUGCCUUCCGUGCCUACAUACAACCCAUCCGGGCGAGUCGAAAGAAUCUGCACAUCGUGACCUUGGCUCGGGUAACCCGUGUCCUCAUUGACAACGCCACCAAGACCGCCUAUGGCGUGGAGUUCACCCACCAGGGUCGAGCCUAUCGUGUGAAGGCCCGCAAGGAGGUGAUCCUCUCGGCCGGAGCCUUCAAUUCCCCCCAACUGCUGAUGCUGUCGGGAAUUGGGCCAGAGGAUAACCUCAAGGCCAUCGGAAUUCCCAUAGUUAAGGCUCUGCCAGUGGGUCGCCGGAUGUACGAUCACAUGUGCCACUUUGGACCCACCUUUGUGACGAAUACCACGGGCCAAACCCUUUUUAGCGCCAGCAUAGGACCACCAGUGGUCACCGACUUCCUGCUGGGCAGAUCCGAUACAUUCCUCUCGAGCAUUGGCGGCGUGGAAACACUCACCUUUAUUAAGGUUCCCUCGGCCAAGACGGCCAAAGGCUUGCCCGACAUCGAGCUAAUCCAAGUGGGCGGCAGUUUGGCCAGUGACGAGGGCACUGCCCUCACUCAGGGAGCCAACUUCAAGGCCGAGAUCUAUGAGAAGAUGUACAAGGAGUUGGCGCUUCAGCAACAGGAUCACUUUAGCUUCCUGAUCAUGGACUUUAAUCCCGCCUCCGUGGGCCGCCUUUGGCUGCAUAAUCGCAAUCCCCUGGAGUGGCCACGUAUUGAUCCCAAAUACUUCUCGGUGCCGGCGGACAUUGAGCACUUGCUGGAUGGCAUCAAGGAGGCAUUGAGGAUCUCAAAAAUGCCGGCAAUGCAGGCCAUUGGCACCAGGCUGCUGGACAAGCCAGUGCCGGGCUGUGAGGGUCACAAGUUCGCCUCAGAUGAUUACUGGCGAUGCUCCAUUAGAACCAUGUCAUAUACGCUGCACCAUCAGGUGGCCACCUGUCGCAUGGGGCCGGAGAGUGAUCCCACCACCGUGGUAAAUCAUCAGCUCAAGGUCCAUGGCAUGAGAAGGCUUCGUGUGGUGGACAUCAGCAUAAUCCCACGACCAUCGACCGGGCACACCAAUGCGGCGGCAAUUAUGAUCGGGGAGAAGGCAGCGGACAUGAUCCGGUCCGAAUGGAGCUGAUUCUUCACCAGAGAUCAUCUUGGAUGUCGAUUACUCAAAUGAUUCAUGUAAAUGGGUCAAUAAAAUGCGAAACGAAAGUUGGGGCCAAGCGAAUGGGUACACUGGAACACUUGAGAGAAGCUAGCGCCACUCUAGAACUGGUUCGCAAGUAUUUUU